CAUGAACUCCACGUUACGACUCCUCAACGAAUCUUCAUAGCGAAUCAUCGCCCAAUCUUAUCAUUUAGGCGCGCAUCAUGGGUCUUCUGCACUAUAUCAGUUAUGCGGCAGUUCUGGCUUCAUUUGCUUUUGUUAUACUAGCGCUUGCCAGCGGCCUGCUGUACAUAUCCGAAUUAAUCGAAGAACACUCCCGUCUAGCCAAAACUAUCGGUCAGCGGGGAAUAUACGCCAUAAUAUGUCUGCAUGUCGUACUAUGCAUCUCGGAUUCACUCCCCAUCACGCUGACGGCGUUUUCCAUCAUUUGCCACGUUGUGUAUCUGCAAAACUUUUCAAAAACCUGGCCGCUUAUCUCCCUUUCAUCGCCGUCCUUCAUAUCCUCCUGCGUUCUGGUCAUUGUCGACCACUUCCUCUGGUUCUUUCACUUCUCCAAAGUCACUGCAGACUACCAGAAUCAUCUGAGAACGUAUCGCGGUGGCCCAACGCCCAUUUCCUAUGGUUUCAAGGAUAUAGCCACGUUCUUUGGAAUAUGCGUCUGGCUAAUGCCCUUGUUCUUAUUCCUAAGCCUCAGCGCAAAUGAUAACGCACUGCCCACAUCAAGCGAUAUCAGUUCUCCCACAACAAGUCACGCAGUUCCACAACAACGAAUGUCUCUUUUCCGUUCCAUAUUUUCCAUGCUAUCCAAACCCCGGAAGGAUGAAGGGAUCAUUGCUCCCCGUCCUCGCUCCCCUUAUCCAGCCCAGUCCCCUACGUUCCCGCCACCUUCUCCGCGUGUCUCUGCAUAUAGCACUCUGUCACCACCACGAUCUCCAGGACGAACUUCACUUGAUGUAGAUGGUAGCAUCCCGUCGUCGCGUUUCAGAUUGGGCACACCACCACAGAGGCGCUCUACCACCGGAGAUAAUGUAGGCUUGGGGAUGAGAAAACCCUCAACUUCGUCGAGGGGAGAUAUAAAUGGACUACACCAGGAUUGAAAGUGUUGUCUAUAUAUGUCCAUUAUUCAGUUCGGGAUGUUUCUUCUUAAUACAUAAUUACGCUCGCAUUCCACCCUGCUAAAAUCAACAUGAGCAAGCUGUUGCAUGCGUUCAGACCGCAAUCUGUUGGAGCUAUGAAGUGAAUAAUCAGGCUACAAUAGAGGUGCCGUGCCCAACUACGU